UACUCCGUAUAUUACUAAACACAAACACCUAUCAUUAUCAAGCCCAUCCAGAAUGUUGUUUUCAUCGUCUCAUUAUUCCUGCAUCCUAACCUUUGUCGUCGUCUUUGCUUUAUCUUUAUCCACAAUUAGUUUGGCCGCUGAUUGUAGCCGGGCCUUCUAUAGUGAAGUCCAGAACCUAAUUGGAAAGAUAGGAAGGUGCAAGAAGCUAGCCAGCGGAGCUGAAUUCGGGUGGAACUACACCAACCAGACAAGACAGCUCAAAGUUUUAAUCGGAGCCCGCGUGGAGGCGGAGACCGGGUGGCUAGCGUGGGGGCUGAACCCCGGACCGGAGCCCCAAAUGGUGGGCACCCGAGCCCUCAUACUCAUCAAGACCGCCAAUGGCUCAUUGCUGUGUGGUAAAUAUAAUGUUACGGCCAGUGUUAAGCUGGGCUGCACCCCUCUUCUACCUUCCGACAUCGACCUAAACGUGACUAGCCCCAAUUGCAGUGUCCUUGGAAAGAUUGGAUAUUACACGAUCCAAGCCUCCAUAAACCUUCCCAUGAUCUACAACGUUUCGAGGCUGAACCACGUUUGGCAAACCGGGGAUGCGGCGGACGGGGCGGAGCCCAAGAUGCACCACACGAGUCUCAGGAACUUCGACAGCGCCGAGGCUUUUGACUUGAACACUGGCAAGGUUGCCAGUUUUGUCAUGGAGAAACGCCAACAGAUGAGAUUGGCUCAUGGGAUAUUUAACAUUGUUGGAUGGGGAACAUUCUUGCCGGCGGGUGUGAUUGCGGCGAGGUAUUUCAAAUCAUUUCCAUUUGCCGGGAGACACUGGUUCCCCUUUCAUGUGGGGUGUCAGAUAAUUGGAUAUAGUCUGGGCGUGGUGGGAUGGGGCCUUGGACUCUGGCUCGGCCAUGUUUCCAAGUAUUACACCUUUCGAACUCACCGAAUCACAGCUAUCUUCAUCUUCACUUUCGCCACCCUACAAAUGCUAGCCUUAAGACUGAAGCCAGAAAAGAGGGACGAAUAUCGCAAGCACUGGAACAAGUACCAUCAUUUUCUGGGGUACGCGUUGCUGGUGGUGAUUGCUUAUAAUAUAUUCAAAGGGAUAAGUGUAUUAAGACAAGAAGAGAAAGCGUGGAGAUCGGGUUAUGCCGUAGUGAUUGCGGUCUUGGUAUCCAUUUUUCUGGGGUGUGAAGUUUACACAUGGAUAAGAUUCUGUUGUUUAAGGAAGAAGGGUGAUAAGAUUCCUAAAAAUAAUGAAAAAGAUCAAGAUGACAAAGGCCUUAUUCCUACAGGGGUUGGUUCUUCUACUCACCGCCAAAACCCUCCUUCCAGUUAAUUAAACCUUCACAAUUUGACGUAAUUUCAGAAUUUUAUUUUUUAUAUUUAUUAGUUCUGGUCAAUAUAUUUAUCUCCUCAUUACUUAAUUAACUGAUGCUUCGUUAACGAAUAUGAAUGUGCAUGCAGAAUUUUGUUUACGUUUAGCAUAUAUUAUUAUCCAUAUAAACUUAUUGUUACUCUUCUUUAA